GUUCAGUGGUUGCUAGGGCACAGGCUCCCUAACAACCAGAUCCCUGGAAAGGAAAAGUUGAGGUUUUCCGUCUUUAAUCUUCAAACUGCGUUAAUAGUUGGAUCAGAUGAUGAAGAUGACGCGUCCUUGCUGCGAAUCUGAGCCCGAAGCUGCGCCUUGAGAGAAUCAUGCCAUCUACCAAGGUUAUCAAGCCCAAGCCAGUGGAAGCAGCCAAGAAAACCACAGACAGACACAAACCGGGAAGAGCAACACGCGCCGGCGCCGCAGAAAGUGAACCCAAAGCGGCCGCUGUGCGUAAAACCCGCGCGUCGAGCUGCCCGAGGAGCGCGCAGCAGCUGCCGCGCGGCAGGAGCGACAAGGCCGCCAGCAGGAGGGAGGAGGUCAGGCCGAGCUGCGAAAGGAGAACCAGGUCCACCGCUCCCAAACCCACAGAGAACGGGUCCAGAACCAACCCGGACGCGCGCAGGGCGACCAGCACCGUGAGACAGGGCGCUGCCACGAGCGCGUGCCCACGUCAGAAGGAGCAGAAGGGCGUCAGAGAGGCAAAGCUGCCGGUUCAGAGUAACAAAGCCUUCACCGUCAUUCCACCAAACCCAAAGAAGAGAAGGGAGAUCCAGAAAAAGGCGGAGGCGGAGCUCGCUGCUUUGGAGGAGCUGCGUCUCAGCAGAGCAAUGACUUAUGUGUCCAUUGACCCCAGCAGUGUCGGUGGCUGCAUGAGUCUGGAGGAAGUACGGCUGAAGCAGCAGCAGGAAAUGAUGCAAGCCAAGAGGAAACAGAAACAGAUUAAGAAGCAGGUGGUGGAGGAAGCAUCUGUCCUGACGAGCUGACCAUUCUCUCAUCUCUGGAUCUGCUAAACAUAUCAUUCCAAUCAAACAUUUGUAGUCAGCUAUACAAUUAUUCAUGUCCAUAACUUUAUAAGGAUCACAUAUAUGUAUAUAUAUUUUUGUUUUGUACAUGUUAAUUAGUAAGCUGUGUUUUUGUGUUUUAUAUACACGUAUGUGGUGAUUUGUAUUGAUGACAUUCAUGGAGUAUAAAAUAAUAAAAUCUGUUUUCCACA